AUGUCCGCCGCAAAGACUAAGGCUCAGACUCUGAUCAGUGAGAAUGGCGUUGUCGUCUUCUCCAAGUCCUACUGCCCCUACUGCAAGGCCAGCAAGCAGUUGCUGAAUGACCUCGGCGCGCAGUACACUGCUCUGGAGCUGGACCAGCUGGACGACGGCACCGAAAUCCAGAACGCCCUCUACGAGAUCUCCCAGCAGCGCACCGUCCCCAACAUCUUCAUCAAGCAGCAGCACAUCGGCGGAAACUCCGAUCUGCAGGGCAAGAACAAGAAGGAGCUCCAGGGGCUCUUGGAGGCUGCGGGUGCGCUGUAG